AUGAGCAGCGCGGAGCCGCCGCUCGGGGCCGGGCCGCGGGCGCAGCCCGCCUGGAAGCGGGAAAUCCUGGAGCGGAAGCGGGCCAAGCUGGCCGGGCUGGCCGGCGGCGGCGAGCCGGAGCCGCCGGCAGGGGAGCGGCUGGUGGUGGCGGAGAGCCUGGGCCCGCUCCGCGAGAACCCCUUCAUGCGGCUGGAGAGCGAGCGGCGGCGGCUGCUGCGGCAGGGGCUGCCCGGACACGGCCCCGGGGCGGCGCGGCCGCUGCAGCAGCUGCUGGAGCUGUACAGCGCCGUGCCCGGCAUCCGCACCAUCCGCGCCGACAACAUCCUCAUCAUCGAGUCCCAGCCCGACGCUGCCGCCUGUUUCGCCGAUGGGGACGCGCUGCCCGGCCGCCGCAAGGACCGGGACCCGGCCGCCACCUCGCCGCCGCGGGGGCCCGACCCGCUGCAGCAGCUGCUGGCCCGCCGGGGCGCUGCCCUCGCCGAGAUCCGCGCUGACCAGGUGGUCAUCUACGAGACGGCCGAAGCGCCCGAGGCGGCCGAGCCGGGUACCGUCAGCCGCCUCUUGGAAAAGUUCGGGCAGCGGCCGCGGGGCCGCCGCCGCCGCGUUGGGGAGGCGCUGACCGGGCCCGGGCCCGGCGCCGUUUCAGGCGGGGUGGCUGCACCUCCUCCGCAGGUGGGAACAGCCUCCCCUCGGGCCGCGCCGCCCCCUCCGCAGGUGAGACCCGGUUCCCCCCGGGCCUCUUCCCCGAAGGCGCGACCGGGAUCUCCGCAUCCGCUGCCGGCAUCUCCCCGGGCUGCCACACCCCCGCCCGUGCCGGCCACCCCCCAGCCCACGGUCCCGCAGACGGCUUCUCCUCGGGCCGUCACCCCAAAGCCUACGGCCCCUGCUCCUCCCCGGGCUGUCACCCCCCAGCCCGCGGCCCCUGCUCCUCCCCGGGCUGUCACCUCGCAGCCUACGGCCCCGGCGCCUCCCCGGGCUGUCACCCCCCAGCCCUCGGCCCCUGCGCCUCCCCGGGCUGUCGCCCCGCAGCCCCCUGCCCCAGCAGCUCCCCGGGCUGCAGUCCCCGCGGUGGUGCCAGCCACUCCCAGGGCCGCAGCCUCCCAGGCCAACUGCUUUCUUCACAAGAUCGGCUCCAACUCCUUCACAGUCACCCCCCGGGGGCUGCCCCCUGGCAGCCGCAUUCCCGAGCCCGGCGCUGUCCCCGCCGGCCGUCCCACGCUGCCCAAGGGGCCACCAGUGCCAUCCGCCAGCGCUCCCCAUGCCAGAGCCAACGCCAGGAGGCCAAAGCCAGAGGAGGCUGAAGCGGCCGUGUCGCCCCCGCCCAGUGCCAGUCUGGCCCCCAGUGCCACCAGCGCCACCCAGCCACUCUCCGCCUCUGCGCCCCGGGCCGGGGGCUCCUUCGAAAUCCACCCGGCCCCCAAGCCCGACUUGGCUGCCAUCCCAGCCCAUGACCUGCAGGCCCAGGCCCUGGCCAAGCUGCGUCUGAAUUCACGCAAUACCUUCCUCUUCGUGCCCCGCCGGGAGGGCCGCCCAGCGCUGCCCACCGCCCAGAGCGCCAGGCCGGGACCACCGGCACCGUCCUCGGAGGAGAAGGCACUGAAGGAGCCCCCAAGGGCUUCCGCCCCGGAGCAGGAAGAGUCUGUCGCUUCCUCACCGGCGCCGCUGGAGCCCUUGGUACCAGUGACUUACAUCGAUGACAUUGUGGAGCUGGACGGCGGAGAGCUUUCUCCCAGGGCCGGCUCUGCUGCGAGGACAGGGAGCUUGGCAGAGCAGCCUGGAGGAGCUGGCCCUGACUUGGAGAUGGAGUUUUCCUCCGUGCCCCUCUACAGACCACACUCAGCCCCCCGCCAGAGGGGAGGCAGCACCUUCACUGUCGUGCCCAAAAGGAAGCCCAUUGCUUCGGGGCUGCAGGCUCUCACUGAUGCCAGCAGAAGGCUGCAGCGGGAGGAAGAGGAGGAGGAGGAGGAGAGCAAAGUAAAAGGCAAAGCUGUGGAGAGCUCUGAUGUUCCCCAAGCAGGGAUGUCCCAUAAAAAGCGCUACCCCACGGUGAAUGAGAUCGAAGUGAUUGGGGGGUACCUGUCCCUGGAGAGGUCCUGCAUGAGCAAGAGAGGCUCGCGCCGCAAGAAGAUGAAGAUCUCCUUCAAUGAGACAAGCCUGCAGACUAUGUUUGAGUACCCAUCAGAGAGCUCGCUGGCAGAAGAGGACGAGGAGGAAGAGGAAGGACACAUUUCUGAAGCAGAGGAGGACAAAGCUUGCACCUUUCACAUUCCACGCCCAAACAGCACUUUGCAUCCCUCUACUCCUAACUCAGCAGAUUUAUCCAGCUACACCCCAAAGCACUCCGUGAAGUUCAGCGAGUGGCAGGAGCAGAAGUACGAGGAGAUGCCUGCUGCAGAGGGACCCCUCCUAAAGGAAGCUGAUGCCCAUGGGAACCAAGUCAUGCUCACCCCUGCGGAGAAGGGCAAGCUCUCGGAUUUCAGCAGCGAGCCUGCUCUCUAUUUUUGAUGGCUUCAUCUUGCAGCCUGCAGCAGCGGCUGCUGGACGCCCCCUGCCAGUGCACCUUCCCGGUGCCCAUGCAAGCCCCGCGGGAACAGCUCCCGGGUCCCUCCCUCCCCGCAGUUUUCGUUGGAUCUCGAUGCCAAUGGUGGACUAGAUGCUGCUGGGCAUCUCUGGAGAAUAUUUGCACUGGAUCCUGGGACCUAACUACUACUUCUGAGGCAUAAUGAUUUAUUCUACCUGUGGCCUUGCAUAUUCCUUGUUCAAGAUCAGCCACUGAUAGUGUCUUAAGGGCAGAGCUGUAAUCCCAGGAUGGAUGUAGGUCCCCUCAGUGCUUAUCUGAGUCCACUCCUUCAGGCUUUCUGCGGGGUCUGGAUGGUGUUUGGGACCCUUCCCGCAGCAAAGGCCUCACUGAGGAAUGGUUCUGGAGCUGCAGCACUGGGAGUGCCUGGGCAGUGAGCUGCUGGGAUUUGGGGGGCAGUCUGGAAAUCCCUAAAAGGUUCAUGGCUUGUUCUUGGUUUGGUUUUGGGUUUGUAGUCUCACUGAACCACCAUGGAACUCAUGUGCCAGUCAUGUUCCCAUGAAGGAAGGAAGCUGAAGACACCAUCUGAGGGAUGGGAGGUGGGAAGGGGAAUUAAAAGCCUUUAGCUUUAGGUGUCAUUUUUGCACUGCUCCUCCAAAGCACAGGAGGGCAACUCCACUCCUUUCUUCUGCAGAACUUGAACAAGGAAUAUGGUUUUUGUUUUUCUAGGGGUUUUAUAGUUCUACUGUAAUUGUUUAAUGCAGCCAAUAUGCAAAGGAAUCUGCUAGACUCUUCCAUUUCAGUUUUCUACUACUGUAAACUCAGGGUCAAAAUUGCACUCUGGAGAAGACAGAACACUGCUGCUAACGUGGUUUGUACUGCUGGGAUUAAAGGAGAUGCAGCUGGAAUAGAUGUGGCCUCUCUGGGCUUUAUGAGUGGUACCCCAGCACAUGGCACUAUCCAGAGGAACAGGCUGGCAUCUUGGAUUGCCUUCAUUGGUUUGGCUGUUGUAGAUGGAUGGUGAAUGUCUGCUCAAGGUGAUGCUGGUCUGGGAGCUAAUGCUCUGCACGCCUUGCACUUCUCUUGGUGUGUGUUGUAGCAGCAGGAGGAAGGUUGUUCUGCUAGCAGUCAGGACUACAUGUGAGGACUUACCUGCUUCUAGCUGUGCCCUGGGUGCCUAAAUAUUCCUGGAAAGAUAAUGCAAAACAAAAGAAAAAGAGGCAUGAGAUGUUCAGCAGUUUGUUAGGUCUUGGCUGGAGGGGCCACAAAGGAAGUUUCCACCUCCUUGCACUUGUCCUUUCCAAGCUAAGUCAAGCUCAGUUCCCUGUGUGACCUCCCAGGAUCAGCGUGUGGCUGGCAGUGCAUCAUCUACCAGUGACAAAAGCACCCUGGGAAGAGCAGUGAAGGGCAUCUGCUGAGCUUCCUCCACCAGUGAAACACUUCAGAACAAGGUGCUGAGACUGGGGUAGGUGGCAAACUGCAGGGCUGUUGGUGAGUGCUAGAGUUAAGGGGUGAGUGAACACUGAGCACUGCCUGCGGCUGGGAGCUGCACACAGCCAGAGGAGCCCAGAAACUGUACUGGAAGAAAAAGGCCACACAGAGCUCUUCUGACAGAGAUGGUCCCAGGGAGCACUGUGGGCAGGCUCAGGUCAGUUAAAGCAGCCCUCUCUGAUGGUGUGCAGCUGAGCAGGUGGUGAAGCAAAAGUUGGCAGUUAAAGUUGAGAACAAGGUGCCUGAACUGUCCUGUCCUCGUUCUGCUCUGAUGGACGAGGAAUUCUAACGCCAACCCUGCCCUGCAGCUUCUUCCAGUGACUUCAGCCAAGUGCAAAGCUGCUCUGGUGCUCUGUGUGCUGUCCUCAGUGAGCUCGGUGCCUACAAGUCCUCUGGUCAGGGCAGGCUCGGUGGAGGUGCAGGAGUGCAGCCUGCUUCUGAAAAGGAAAGCCUGGCACCCCAGGAUGCUGCCCACUUCUGCCAGUUCACCUGCUCUACCUUGCAGCUGUGAUUGGCACCUCACUGAGUGCUGCCUUUGCACUACCUGGCCUUGCCCUCCAACCCCUGUGUGUAGCAGAUGAACCCUGAGCUAGCUCUUGGCAGAGCAAGGUGAAUGCUCUGCAAGGGCGUUAGCUGAGAACUCGCCUCCUGGGCUACGCUUCAGUGUCACUGUGCUCAAAACAAAGGGUAUUGGGUUUUGUAGAUGCCCACCCUCACCCCUAGCAUUUGAGCAUUAACUUUAGUAGAGCUCUAACUAAUACCAAAGUGCAUCUGAAAGGAAAAUUGACCUCUGCAAAGCAAAGACUUUUAUUAAAGCCGCUUAGCCAUGCUUCUCUUCACGUGCUUGCUGUCCUUUUCAAGUGUUUGAUGCCUCACUGGCUUUACCAGCACACCCCUGCUUCAGGUCAUCUGGCACUGCCUCCAGUAUCUGGGAGAGAAAGAAAUAAAAAUAGCUUAUUUUUACACAAA